AUGGCUCCUACGGCUAAUUCGAAGACCGAAGAUGGCAAAUUUGCCGACAUGCAGAAAGAUACAGUCGAGCUCAACGGAAAGCAGCAUAUGACAACAGACUAUGGAAUUAAGAUCUCGGAUCCAGAUCAUUCGCUACGCAUCGCUAGUGACAAGAGUACUGGGCCAGCAUUAUUGGAGGAUCAGAUUGCCCGAGAAAAGAUUAUGAGAUUUGACCAUGAGCGUAUACCUGAAAGAGUUGUCCACGCCCGCGGGACCGGAGCAUUUGGUACAUUCAAAUUAUUUGAGAGCGCCGAAGACGUCACAACCGCAGGCGUUUUGACAGAUACCAGUCGUACAACACCCCUAUUCUUACGAUUUUCCACUGUGCAGGGCAGCAAGGGCAGUGCAGACACUGUUCGUGAUGUGCGUGGAUUUGCUGUAAAGAUGUACACGUCAGAGGGCAACUGGGAUAUCGUCGGAAAUAACAUACCCGUCUUCUUCAUCCAAGACGCGGUCAAGUUCCCUGACUUCGUACACUCAGUUAAGCCAGAGCCGCAUAAUGAGGUACCGCAGGGUCAGAGCGCUCAUAAUAAUUUCUGGGACUUUGUUUACUUACAUUCAGAAACAACCCAUAUGAAUUACUGGCAAAUGUCUGAUCGAGCUAUCCCUCGGUCUUACCGGAUGAUGCAGGGUUUUGGUGUCAACACUUACUCUCUGAUCAACAAAGAGGGAAAGCGUCAUUUUGUAAAGUUUCACUUCACCCCGGAACUUGGAGUGCAUUCAUUAGUUUGGGAUGAGGCCUUGAAAAUUGCUGGUCAAGAUCCUGAUUUCCAUCGUAAGGAUCUCAUGGCUGCUAUCGAUGCGGGGCAUUUCCCCAAAUGGAAGUUCGGCCUACAGCUUAUUCCGGAGGAGAAAUUGGAUGACUUCGAGUUCGACCCGCUAGAUGCAACAAAGGUCUGGCCAGAGGAGCUGGUCCCAAUUCGGUAUAUCGGCGAGCUAGAGCUCAACCGCAAUGUUGACGAGUUUUUCCCACAAACCGAGCAAUCGGCUUUCUGUACCAGUCACAUUGUGCCUGGUAUUGAUUUCUCAAAUGACCCACUGCUCCAGGGCCGCAACUUUUCGUACUUUGAUACCCAAAUUUCGCGUCUCGGCGCAAACUGGGAGGAGCUACCGGUUAAUCGACCCGUCUGUCCAUACAUGAGCCUUGUCAAUCGUGAUGGUGCCAGUCGACACCGUAUCACCAAGGGAACGGUCAACUACUGGCCCAAUAGAUAUGAAGCCAACCCGCCCGCUACCGCUGCUCAGGGCGGUUUCACAAGUUACCCCGAGAAGCAAAAUGGCAUCAAGACGCGUGCGCUCUCAGAGAAGUUCAGCGAACAUUACAACCAAGCCCAGACAUUUUACAAUUCUCUUUCGCCGAUUGAGAAGCUGCAUCUUGCGAAGGCCUUCUCGUUUGAGCUUGACCACUGCGACGAUCCCAUCGUCUACAAGCGUAUGUCUGAGCGUGUCGCAGUUGUAAGUCUCGAGCUGGCUCAGCAGGUCGCUAAAAAUGUCGGCGGGGACACUCCCACCAAAGCCUUGAAGCAAAACAAGGGCCAAAAAGCGAAAGGUCUCAGUCAGUUGGAGUACAUGCCCAAGAAACCUACCAUAGCUACUCGUCGCAUUGCUAUUCUGAUCGCAGAUGGGUUCGAUUAUUCAUCGUUCAUUACCAUGAAAGAAAAUCUCGAGGCGCGCGGUGCUUCUGUUUUCACCAUUGGCGCUCAGCGCCAGGGCGUCAAAGCUGAAACGGGGCAGAAUGUUGUGCCCGAUAACUUCUUCUCUGGUAUGCGAUCUACGCUUUUCGAUGCUACUUUUGUUCCGGGUGGCAAGCAUAUUGCCAACGCGUUGGUAAAGAAUGGUGUCGCCAAGUUCUGGAUUACCGAGUCUUUCGCGCAUUUGAAACCCAUCUCUGGUGUUAAUGAAGCUGUUCCAUUCAUCGCCAAACAGAUUGGUUUAGAGGAGGUGAAAACGGCUCAACCCGGUUCUUUGUUGACUGAGUCUUAUGGUGUUGUGACGGGCCAUGGUGAUGCUGCUGCAAUGCUUGAUGUUCAGAAUAUUGGGCCUGAGUCAAAGACACUUGCUGAGCAAUUUAUCUGGCAUGUUUCGCAACAUAGAAACUGGCAGCGUGAGCUUGAUGGGCUGGCCGAUCAGAUUGCAGCUUAA